CGCGUUACUACCACCCUCGCCCUUCCGGAUUCUCGGCCGGGUCCACCGCGGCCCCUCUGUCGUCAUUUCCUUUGGGUCUGCCCCGCCGAAGAGAAGAUGGCGGCGCUGGGAGAACCUGUCCGGCUGGAGAGGGAUAUCUGCAGAGCAAUUGAAUUGUUGGAGAAAUUACAGAGGAGUGGAGAGGUGCCGCCACAGAAACUUCAGGCUUUGCAAAGAGUCCUUCAGAGUGAGUUCUGCAAUGCUGUGAGAGAGGUAUACGAACACGUUUAUGAGACUGUGGACAUCAGCAGCAGCCCUGAAGUAAGAGCCAACGCAACUGCAAAGGCUACUGUUGCUGCAUUUGCUGCCAGUGAAGGACACUCUCAUCCCCGAGUUGUUGAACUUCCCAAAACAGAAGAAGGCCUUGGAUUCAAUAUCAUGGGGGGCAAAGAACAAAACUCACCAAUCUAUAUAUCACGGAUAAUUCCAGGUGGAAUUGCUGACAGACAUGGAGGCCUCAAACGAGGAGAUCAGCUACUCUCUGUUAAUGGAGUGAGCGUGGAAGGAGAGCACCAUGAGAAAGCGGUCGAGCUACUGAAAGCAGCCCAAGGGAAGGUUAAGUUAGUCGUACGAUACACACCAAAAGUCUUGGAAGAAAUGGAGUCCCGCUUUGAGAAAAUGAGAUCAGCAAAACGCAGACAACAGACCUAAUCAUUUAAAAACUUUAUGUUCCUUUUGCUUUUAGCUAGGAAAGUUUCCUUGUGACCUACUGAUGGCCUCGAUGCCAGUGAUUGUAAAACACCAGAAACUUCUGUGACCUCUUCUUGCCAUUUUAUAAAUGCCUGUUUUAGCAUCACUUAUGGUUAUAGAGAAGCAUACACUUUUUUCUCACGAGAAAAAGUCAAAGUUGGUGAGGGCAGUUCUGUCCUGCUGUUUUUACAGGCCUUUUUCAAACAGAUUUUGUCACAAAGUUGUUAUAGAUUUUUAAUAAUGCUUUUUUAAUAUUAAAAUGUACUUUUACAUUCUUAAUCUUUUUUUAAAAAGAGGUUUUCUUUAUUUGGCAACUUAUUUACAAAUAACAGCUCUCCAAUAUUUCCUUUUGCUUACUACAAUUUCUUUGUGAAAUUUCUCUUCAUUUUUCCAAGAAAUGAAAUAUAGCAGUCUUGCUUGUGGCAGUUUAUCAUGUGAUGAGUAUUGGCACCUUUGCUGCAUUUUGUAUUUGGAACAUAACAUGUCUAUAAUCAGUGGUAAAUCAUAGCUAUCAUGGGACCUUUUUAUUUUUAUUUAAACAAUGUAUAAUGUAUUCAUUUUUACUGAUUUAUAAAAGUUUUUAAACACUGAAGCAAUCAUUGCUAAAAUAUGUAUUUCAUAAUAUUUAAGCAGUGAGGUGAGGAUGUAAUUUGAUUAUUAGCAUUAUCAAUUAAAUACUUUAUUUAUAUUUAACAGUAUGUCAUAAAUUAUACAUGCAAACAAGCUCAGAUUUCAACUUUUCAAAAUUUUUAUGCUAUUCAUUUGUAUUUAAAUAUAUUUCUCAUAAUUUGGUUCUUUCAUACCUAGAGAUGAGUCAGUUAGGCUGUAGAGGCUGGGGAGAAUGGAAGUAAGACAAGAUAAUGACUUCAACUUCUGGAGCCAGAAGUUCUUACUAUCCUAGCUUCAGUACCAACUCGAAGGGCAGGAAGGAUUUAAGAUACAGAGACAGGCGGUUUUAUAUGGCUCACAGUGAGUGGGGCUCAGAAUGAUUUAUAUCUUGAUAAUUCAAAUAGUGAUGGGAAUUUGGAACAAUGCUUUUUACCAUUUGUCCACUGGAUGUCACCAUUUUCCUAAAAGGCAGCUAUUAAUACAUGAUUGUGACUAUGGUCUACUAAAAUCUGAUAUCAAAGUGAUUAAUUUUCAGUUACAGAUUAUAGAAACACUUGUAAAGGGUUUAAGUGAUAUUAAAAAGAAAGUGAUGAUAUUAAAAGGGUUUAAGUGAUGUCGGAAUUUGUCAUAAUUACGACUAUUACCUUUAUUUUUUAAAAAUGGGCAUUUUGUAGCAUUCCUUCAGGAAGAAUGGAAGUGUGUGUGUUUUCCUGCAUGUGUGUGAGCACUGUGAGUCUUAACGAUUAGUGCAGUUUUCAGUGGUUUUCAGAGUAAAAGUCAAUCAACAUGUUAUUUAUCAUUUAGGAAUUGAACACUGGAUUGUGCAUGGUUGAAUGUCUUUAGUCCACUACAAAAUGUGCUUGACAUUGAUAGGAUCAUGCUGAAUUGUAUAUUUUCAAAAUUAGCUCAUGUGUUUUUAAAAUGUUGAGACCAAAGUAGUAUAGAAGAAUAUGACGUAUUUUAAUUUAAUUGUAAAAUUAUUAGAGGUAUUUGUUUUAGAACUCUAUAUUAAAGAAAAGUGUUGGUGCAUAUAGAACAGUACCGUUGUUGUUAUGCUUGUAUUUCUGCAUCCUGGGAUAGGAAACCCUGAGGAACUCUUGUCUUAGCUUAGCUACUGUGGCUGCAGUUGCUCCAGAGGACCUGUCAGCGUUCUGUUAUGAUUACAGCUUUCUGGUUUUAUGUUUCGGCUGUCGCAGAAUUUCAGCCAGUUACUUUUUGUUUUUUCUUAAGUAUGUAGAAAAAGCUUUGUUUUCUUCUUCAGUAACUUACAGUCUAUUCUUUGUGGGGACUGACACCUAUUUAUAAUUCUUAAAAACAACUUAAAGGAGCCAAAUACGUAGCUGUUCUUGGUACCGUUGAGCAUGAGGAGCAUAGUUGGCUCUCGUUGUUGCAGUUCUCCUAUCUCAGAAUUUUAAAUAUUGACCAUAGGAAAAGUCAGUGGCAAAUGUACAGUAGUCUUUUUGUGUACUAAACAAGGGAACAAAUUUAAUUAAUAUAUGGAUGAUUUAUGAAUAAAACUAGGCAGUAAAUAUAUAAAGGGUGUUUGUUUGACUUAUAACUUACAAAUGUAAAUUUCCCUUAGCCCAGUGUUCCACUUAUUUUCUGAAACAUCUCAAAAUGAGUUGACUUGACCUUAGCUGCAUGUUAGAAUGCCCUGCAGAUCUUAAAACUCACCCAAGUCCCUCCCCAUGCAGCUAAUUCAAAAUCAUUCUUUAUGAUUGAAAUUCAACAUGACGCGUUUAUGCAGCCUACCCUCCGUUGUUGUUAGAGGCUCAUUCUGCACACCAGGCUUCAGAAGCACGAGCUCGUGGACUUUCCCAUGCUAUGGACUCUAUCUAGAAAUGCAGUUAAUCUGAAGCUACUUAACGACUGAUCUGUUUCUUAGUACUUCUUUAUGGGCUUAAGAGGUAUUUAGCAUUCCUUAUUAACAAAAUAGUUAAAAUCUACUUUUUGUUUUGUUUUGUUUUUUUGGUUUUUUUUUUUUUUAGCUCUGGCUAUCCUGGAACUCUGUAAACCAUGUUGGUUUCCUUUUGUUUCUCCUUUCCCUUUUUUUUUUUUUUUUUUUUAAAUAAAGCCUACCAGUAAUUCAAUUGUAAAAUCUUAGUGUUUUCUCCUUCUGUUGUUCCCUUUACCUUUAAAAAAAAACUGUAAAGGUUGUUAUUUGAAGAGCAUGCUUGAGUAUUGCAGAUGUGAAAGCACUGUAGGAAUGAGUCUGCGCCGUUAGCUGUGGCUCCUUUACCUUCCAUGGAUGCAGUUCUGUUCUUUAGGGUCUCGCUUUUUAAGAUCAUCUUCCUGUUGUAAAAGUUUAAGGCAUUUUGCUCAAGUUCUUUGUUUACAGUUAAAAUGAAUAGAAUUUAAUAGAAGAUAUGGUUACAGCUUACGUGGAAAGCAUCAGCAUGGCUUGGUAUAGACUUACAAGAGUACAUGUGAUUAUAUUGUGGAAUGAUUAUUGAUAUAUAAGGACUCUAGUAAUUGUACCUCCUGAAUAAAUGUCUGUGCGUUUUCUAACUUACAGUUCAUUGUCUGUUCUGGCAACAAUCUCAUUUUGUAGUUUUUAUUCUCCAAAAUUGAUGAGUAAUGUUUCCUCAAAGGUUGUUGAAGUAAUAAUAGUUACAUAAGGGGGGAAAGUCAUUUGAUUUCUAAUUUUCAAGAAGUUUUAAACUAAUUUGUAACUGGAUGUGGUUUUUAAAAAUAUUGGCAAAGAUUUGAUAACCUUGUACUCUUUAGUUUGAGAAAAUUAUUUAGAAUGUGAAACAGUGCUUUUUCAAUAGAUGAAUCAUUUAGCAAUUAAAUUCUGAUUCUAAGGCAUAUUUAAAAUAUAUUUGUAUGAGUCAUGCUUGUCCUUUGCAUUUGACAAAAUUGAAACAAUUACAAAUAGAUGUAUUUCUGAACGCUGUGUGUAAAAUAACCUUUACAUAGAGUAAGAACAAAAUCCGUGGUGGUUCCUGACAUGAAACUUCCAAGUUCUGUAUUUGUUUGCCUUUCAUAAAAUAUAACUAAA